AUGACGCCCGAGGAGCUCACGUACCUGAGCGUGCUGCUCUUCUCCAUCCCCGUGGGGCUCCUCUUCAAGGGCAGGGGCCCACGGUUCCGGCAGUGGGUGGGGUCAGGCCUGGGGGUGGGGCUGACGCUGGUCACGUGUGGCCCCCACGCCCUGCACUCAUUGGUCACCGCCCUCGGCACGUGGGUAGUGCUGCGAGCCACGCCCAGGCGCUGCGGUUGGGCCGCCCUGCUCUGGACCUUCGGGUACCUCCUGUUCUUCCGCACCCCCGAGCUGUGGGGGCUGCCCCAGCCCCCCCCCUAUGCCAAUGCCCUCCAACUGCUGCUCACCCUCAAGAUGGUGAGCAUGGCCACUGACGUGCAGGACCUGCGGGAGGCGGGGCUGAAGGGCGUGACGUCAGCGGAGGCGGACGACGUGAUUGGCGGGCUCGAGAGCUGCCCGGGAUUGGUGGAGAUCCUGUGCUACAGCUACUGCUACCUGGGGCUGCUGACGGGCCCCUUCUACCGCCUCCGCACCUACCAGGACUGGCUCCGGGGGCCUUCGCCCCCUUUCUCCCCCUCGCUCAUCCUCGAACGCCUCCGUUGGGUGCCGGCCUUCGCCUUGGUGGCCGAAGCUUGCGGUCGCCUCUUCCCUGCCAGGACCUUGCUAGGGCCGGCGCUAUGGGGCUGGUCUUUCCCUUGGCGCCUCUUGGCCAGCGCCCCGGUCUUCUUGGCCUUCCGCUUGCGUUUCUAUGUGGGGUGGUUGUGCGCCGAGGCCGCCUGCCUGGUGGCUGCCUUUGGGGGGUACCCGAAGGAGAGGGGUGCCCGUAGCUGCCCCCCAGCCCCCCAGCACUGGGAUUUCGAGUGCAUCCGCACGGUGGAUCCGUGGGGCACGGAGCGGUGCCGGGGGGUGCGCGAGGGGCUGCGGCGUUGGAACAUGACCGUGCAGUGGUGGCUGCAGCACUACGUGCACCGCCGCACGCCGGGACCCCCCCUGCUGCGCGCCUCGGUGACCCUCCUCGCCUCCGCUUACUGGCACGGCCUGCAUGGGGGGCUCUACCUGAGCCUGCUCUCGUUGCCCCUAUGGCUGGCGGCCGAGCGCGCGGCGGUGCCGGCGGCGUUGGGCGCGCUGCCGCCGGCGUUGGGUCCCGUUGGGCCGCGCGCUCCCAUGCGCGUCUUCGAGUACCUGAGCGUGGGUUUCGUCCUGCGGAGGGGCCGCGACGCUCUCAGUUACUGGGGGGCGUUGGGGUUCUGCUUCCAUCUCCUGCCCCUCGCGUUUAUGGCCGGGGAGGGGGGAUGGGAGCCAUGA